CAUUAUCUAACAAAUUGAUUAGGAUAAAAUAUCAAAAGGAUUCAUACUCUUGGUUGCUAUACCACACCAUAAUUAAGAAGAAAAGGUCAGGGGAAGUAGGAAGAAGAAUCAUCACCAAAAUCUUGGUUUGUUUUCAAUGAUUUAUCCCCCCUUGAGAAGGGGGGUGGGGGGAGUAGGAGAAAGAAAUAACAAAAUUUAAUGUGAUUCUUGUCAGUAAGCAACGCAGCAGCUCAGAGAAAAAGCUCUGCUCAUUUUUUCUUCAGACACCCUUUUUUCCUCUCCACUUUAUCUUGCUGAAUUUUAGGUAAUUUAUUCCUUUCAGCAAAAUAAUUCAGGGUUUGUUUCUGAAUGCCUGAUUAAAGACUCUGUCUUGACACUUUGAGUACACUGGAAGAGCUGCAGAAUUUUCAAGCUUAGUUAUUGUUGAUGUCUUUUGGGGAUGUGGGCUGCUUUUAACCAACUUGGAAUUCUGCUGUUGAAGUUUUUAGUCACUGACCAUGAGAAAUAGAUCAACAGAAGUAUUUCUUCCAAAAAGCAAGAAUAACCAAUUAAAGGGUACAUGGGGGUUGGCUGAUAUGUUUGAUUUCAGGAAUGGUAAUACUCAUCAGAAGCUGCUCACAGAUGGGAGGACCAUGCAAAGACACAAUUCAGAUUCUGAGCAUUUAAGGAAGCGACCGAAUUUCUGCGAUAAGUGCCUGGAUUUUGAAGAUGCUUGCAAGAUCAAGGUUAAGGACAUCAUGCCGGAAGAGUUUCCAAAUGAGAAGCAAUUGAAGAAACUGCUUAAAGCUAUUAAGGAACAGCAGAACAGGACAGAUAAUGUCCAUCAAUCUAUAAAUAGUCCAAAGAGGGCAAUGAAAGCCUCCCAGAAAGCUUCACAGGUGUUGCGAAUAGGUCACAGGAAGGAGAAAAUGCACAUAUGUUCUCAUCAAUAUUCAAGUGCAGAUGAAUUAUCCUUGGAUCAUUUAACCUUCACAACAAUGUUGGAAAGAAUCUCUGGAAAUAUUCAUCAAGAUGGAGGACGUAUUGAAGAUGUUUCGAGAAGUACUAAUCCGAGGUUUAAGCAGUUUGGCGAUAUCAAUUUGCAACUACUUCAGAUGAGUGCUAAAGCUUUUAUAGAUCAAAUGUAUAUAAAUAGAGUUUAUACAAGUAGAGCUGCUUCCUCCGAUAAAUCCACUCCUUUCACAGAUGCUUCUGAAAUUCUGCGUUUAAAUAGGGAUCUGUUCCUUCAACUACUGCAAGAUCCAAACUCUCUAAUAGUGAAACAUAUCCAGAAGGUGCAGUUUCCGAAAGGACAAAAAGAGAAACGCAAGCUACUUUGUGAUUCGAAGUCCUCAGAAAGCCAUAGCAGUGCUAUCCGGAAGUAUGGAGAUCCUGAAAGUACAAUGAGGAUACAGAAGAAAAAUGUGAACAAUCAUUUGUGGAAGAAACUUAAGGAUAGAUAUGGAUUUUCCAUCAAGGGUAGUGAUUGUUCUGGGGGAAGUCAGAUUGUUGUUUUGCAGCCAGUCUCGAAGAACAGGAAACAUCCUGAGAAUGUGUUUUGCCAGUGCUCAGGUUUUCAGUCUCAUAAAAGCUUCAAUCAGAAAGGGAAGAACAUCAAGUCAAGGUACUUCUCCUUGAAAGAAAUUAAAAGAAAAUUUAAACAAGCAGUCGGAGAAAGCAGGAAAGAGCAGAAUUUGGUAUCGUUUGAUGAUAAUCGAAUUUCUUCCAAAAGACAUUCUCUGCGGUAUGCUGAAAUGAGUGUCAUUCGUAGUACAUCAUCAACUAGAGAAUCUACUCUUUCUAAUGAUUUCAAGAGGAUGGAGAAACAACAAAAGCCAUUUAGUUUGAUGUCAUGCAACGGACCUGAAAUUGAGUCCAAUAAAGAUCACAAGAGUAAGAAGCUGAACUCCCUAACUAGAAGUGGCUCCAAGAGGGAUCAGGUUGAUAUAUUUGAGGAGGCAAAAAGACGUCUUUCGGAGAGGUUAAAGAAUGUGAGUGCUGGUGAAAUUGUACCAAGGAAACAGUCACUAAGAACAUUGGAAAUGAUUCUCUCAUCACCUGAUAGCCCUAAGAAUGUCCUGGGUGCUUCUGUUCCAGAAGAAAUGAAAAUUUCCUCGUACAGCGAAAUGGAGAAAGGAAAGGAAGUAACCUGGCAUACAGUUCAGAGGACAAACAAAGAAGUUCUUCCAUAUGGUGAUUCUAGAUUUGAUGAUCAGUUGAGAACUUCUUAUAGUAAGCCUCAUCUCCCAGAAAACACUCAUGAUGAAACUGAAGUUCAUAAAAACAUUGAUCCUGCUGGGGAAGAUCUUAUGCAUAGAGGUCACAUAAGCAUCCCUGAAGAAAGAGAAAGAGUGUUAGCAGAUACUGCUGAUAUUACCUCCACUGGACAAAGAAUUGAAACAAACCGAUCCCCUAAGGUCAACGGGAAUGGGGAGGGCUCAAGAUCGGCUGAUUAUCCGGAAAAUCAUUACCAUAUCUCUUCAGCAGAUUGCCCUUCAGCAACGGCUCCAGAAAUACCGGCAUUACAAAUUUUGGACAUUUGCAAAACUAGAGAAGGGCAUCCUAGUCCGGUUUCUGUCCUGGAGCCAUUUUCGCCUGAAGAUAUCAAUAGUCCUACAAGCACUAUACAUGAGCAAGGUAUACCUCUGCAAAAUCCAACUUUCCUAUUUUACUCCAUUGAGCUAUUUGUUGAACCAUGUCAUUAUGUACAAUUUCAGCUGGAUCUCCUUUGCAACCGCGCCAUAUUGACUUUGAUGAUCAGUUACAUGUUGAACCUGCUGAAGAUCCUGUAAUCGAUGUUGCUAAUUGCCUGGAAGGAGACGAUUAUGUUGCUGCAUAUGUGAGAGCUGUUAUGCAAGCAUCAGAACUGAACUUCGAAGAGCUGAUUUCUGGUUCUGUUUCUAGUUCUCCUUCACUUCAACAUGCCCUAGAUUCAUAUCUGUUCAACAAUUUGGGCCUGUUCCAAGCCGGAACAAACAGCGAACUCAACCUCCUGCUCGACUGCAUCCAUGAAAUACUCGUAGGCAUAUACUACAACUACUUUGGUUCCUCCUCCCCUUACCUUAAAUUUCUCAAACCAAGUACCAGACCUUUCAUUCCACUUGAAGAAGCAAAUGUGGUUGAUCAGGUAGUGAAGGAAGUGAGUUACUACCUUUUACCAGAAAUGGGACAACCAGCAUUAGACCAUCUUCUCAGUAAAGAUAUAGCAAAAUCGAGAUCAUGGAUUGAACUUCAUCCCCAUACAGAAGCUAUUGUGAUUCAAAUGGCUGAAGAUGUUCUGCAAGAUUCAAUAGUGGAUACCAUUGCUGAACUUCAGAGUUGAAGUUGGCACUCCAGAUUGGCCUUGUUCACAAUUUCCAUUAGACUAACAGUGUGAUAGCCUUAUAGGAUAUAGUACUGAGUUGAGUUGUUCAAGCACUGGGUUAUUUUUAAGAAUUACCUCUCCUACACCAAUAAUAAAUCUGUUAUUCUCUAUCACCUUUAUUACAACUCGGACCCAAAAUUCUCCAAUUUAAACUCUAC